GAGAGGGCUAUGACGGAUUAGGAGGAAUCAAAUCUAGGCUGCUGCCACUGUUAGGCUCAGGUCUCCUUGCAACUGGAAUCACUGCACCAAUGAGCAUCUUCUCCGCAGAAGAAAAACCUUCAGACAACAAGGCCUGCAAGCCACCAUGCGAAAAAUCCCCGGGCGGAAGUGAUCCUGUUGUCACACAGCUGGAACCUUCCUUUGUUGGCUCUGAGUUAAAGUCACUUGAACAGGAAAACGAGCGCCUACAAAACAAGUUAAUACAAGCCGACCAAGGUGCUCGACGGUCCGCUCAGCCUACUGGAAAGUCUGGAACGAGAGCUUCUGACAGCUUGGAAGCAUACUCCGGGGAACGCAUCUCGGGUAACACGCACGGCAGUCUCAAUGGAAUAAGCCCCCUAAGUACACACGACCCCAUUCAGCGAAGUAGACAGCAAUUGGUCGUCAUGCGCUUCAAUGAGCUCUUCUCCGGAGGCCGGAUAGAAGCGAUGAACCUACUGCGUAGAUACUCCAAUGAUCACGAUAUGAAUCAAAGCAUCGUUUUCAACGCAAUCAUGGAGUCUUUUAAUGUAGCCAGAGCCCAUUUUCGAGCGUAUCGAAAUAGAUUGCGAACAAAAAUGGCAACAACUACCAAUCCACCUUCCUCGGAAACUUUGGACGAACUGGUGCAGUCUCAUAUCAAUGUGCAUGGAAGCUUCGCGGCCAACCUUCCAGCAAUGACGCAAGAGGUUUUGUUGGCGAUGGAACAACACAGUCCCCGGUUGCAGAGUCCAUCAGAGGCACUCGGCUUCGAAAUUAUCGGUGAUUUCAUUCAUGAAGCCUGUAAACUGGCCUGGGAGUGCUCAGUUCUAGCCCAUCCUAUCGACGUCUACAGACCGGCCUUCGCAAACGAGGUAGCUCGGGUGCGCUGUUUGGUUGUUGGUCUGUUUGCCGAGCUUGGCAGUUGGAUUGCAAACGUUUCACCCACUCAACCCUGCACUGACGAUGUCACCUCGAUUGGUGAUGAAACAUACCGCCGUAGCCACGAUUCUUCGUAUUCUGCCGUCCUCGUUCAUCAUCAUAUCUGGCCUUGCCUUGUCCAGGAUGGUAGUGUUAUUGCCAAAGGCGAGGUCUGUACAAGGCGUGGUAGGCCUUCGUACAGUACGAGACAUG